CCGCCGACGGCCACGCUGCCUGAGCUGAGCCAAGAUGAGCUGGAGUUUCCUGACGCGCCUCCUUGAGGAGAUCAACCAACAUUCAACUUUUGUGGGGAAAGUGUGGCUCACUGUGCUGAUUAUCUUCCGCAUUGUGUUGACUGCUGUGGGUGGCGAGUCCAUCUACUAUGAUGAGCAGAGCAAGUUUGUGUGCAACACACAGCAACCAGGCUGCGAGAACGUCUGUUACGAUGCCUUUGCUCCACUCUCGCAUGUCCGUUUCUGGAUCUUCCAGAUCAUCUUGAUAGCCACACCCUCCGUAAUGUACCUGGGCUUUGCAUUGCACCGACUCUCGCGCCAGCCCCCUCAAAGAAACAGAGCGCCUGUAGUGCGACGCGGUGCAGUACGCGACUAUGAGGAGAAAGAGGACAAUGGUGAGGAGGACCCCAUGAUUUUUGAGGAGGUGGAGCCAGAGAAAGAGGUAAAGGCAGCCGGGGGCCAGAGACACGAUGGCCGUCGGCGAAUCAAGGACGAUGGACUGAUGACUGCAUAUGUGCUUCAGCUGCUGUGCCGUUCUGCACUGGAGGUGGGCUUUCUGCUGGGGCAGUAUGUGCUUUACCGCUUUGAAGUGAACCCCUCGUACGUGUGCAGCCGAAGCCCCUGUCCCCACACUGUUGAUUGCUUUGUCUCCCGCCCCACUGAAAAAACAAUCUUUCUCCUCAUCAUGUAUGCCGUGAGCAGUCUUUGUUUGUUUCUCAACAUCUGUGAGCUGUGCCACCUUGGGGUGGGUGGAAUCCGGGAUGCAUUCCGGAGCUCCAACAAGGAUGCCGGUGUCGCACAUAGGCACCACUGCCCCCCAAAGGAUCCCAGCGCACCCCCAACUUACCAUUCUCUCAAGAAGGAGUCCUCAAAGAGCCAGGCGGCCAAGGACAAACUGACUUACACUGGAGAGAGCUUGACUGGCAUGGCCACCGAACGCUAUGCUGUUCCAUCAGGCCUCCCGAGCCAUGAACUGGAACAGCUGCGCAAGCACCUUAGGAUGGCACAGGAGCAUCUGGAAAUGGCCUUCCACCUCCAGCCACUGGACACUGCCAGCCCCUCACGUAGCAGCAGCCCUGAGUCCAAUGGGCUGGCUGCGGAACAGAACCGUCUCAACUUGGCACAUGAGAAGGAAGGAGCAGCCUGCGAGCGAACUACUGGUCUCUGAAACACUGGGCCUCACUGGGCAGCUGCACAGAUGACAACAGGAAGUGUCUGAGGAAUUGGCAGUGUGAACAUCUGCUCCUAGCCUGAAGUUUGAAAAUGCCCUGACUGUGUGUGUGGAAUGAUGAGGACAGACUCUUGUAUAAUUGAGAGAAAGAGAAGGGAAACUGUACAAGCCUCAAUGUCUUGGUCCUUCUGGGGGUUUAGAGGCUGUUGUAGGACUCCUUCAGAAGUCUAGCUCUGUGUACGUAUGUGAAUGUGUGCCUUUCUUUAAGGGUCUAAAUGGGAAACUUAUUUUUUUACAUUGGAGAGAUGCUGUUUUGCCUCGCCUCUCUGCUGGCUGUCUUCUGUCCUUGAUGUCUUCCUUUAGGUGGGACUGGAUAGGUGGGCACGUAGCAGCUUCCCUGUUGCUCCUCUUGGUGGUUUAUUGACUGCAGGGGCAGAGGAGAAAACCACAAGAUGCCCACAACUUCCUGGAUUCUUCCACAUCGCCAAGCACAAACAUGGCAUCCUCUCUCUCAUCUGCCUCUCCCCAUCCCAGAUUAUGGAAGUUAUUGGUGGUUGGGCCAAAGAUAACUCAGUUACAUUCCAAGAUGCCAGCUUUUAGGCAGCAUCUGCCUUUUUUGCCCUCUAUGGGGUGCUGUGCUGGGGUCCCCCCAUCCAUCGCAAUGGGAUCACAGUAACAUUUUGAUCAUCUCAGCGAUUGACGUACAAUGUAUUUGUAUUUUUGUCUUUUGUUAAUUUUACUGGUCUAGUAUGAAGUUUUGUGUUUUUAUAUACAUGCGCAUAUAUAUAUAUAUAUAUAUAUAUAUUUGGUAAAAAUGAGAUUGUUUUCUAGGAA